UUUUUAGAUACAGUGUCGGUCGAGACUCUUCGUGUGUUGUUUGCCUUUUGCUCUCGUCUGGUUCACGUGUGGAAUAUUCCUAAGGAAAGGCAACGAAGAUAUUCGUGUGAAUUUUGUGACAGUUAAGGAGAAAAGACGUGCUUACGCGAAGAGUCGUGUUAUAUAGCCAAGCUUUUUUAGAUUUUCUAGAGAAAUAACCUCAAUCACAAGGCACAGUUCGAAACGUAAACUUUCGUCAUAGUCUACAUUAAAAUAUGGAGAAAACUACAGGAGCUGGUGGUAGCAACAUGGAACCAUCAGCACCUAUGCAAGCGUCAUUACCAACAGGUCCACCUUCUUACGAAGAAGCUAUUGCUUAUGGUGGAGGUUUACCUAAUCCUCCAUACCCCGUAGGAGUAUCGGCGAUGCCAGUACCACCAACGUAUAACCAGCCACCGAAACAGACUACAAUGCCAAUGCCCUCGAAUUAUGCUGUGCCGAAUGACCACAGUGCAUCGCAGCCGUUUAAUACGAAUCAGAACUUUGCACCUCCGCCGGAAGUGCGGAUCAUUCACCAACAUGUAACCUUCGCUCUAGGUCCACACGCGAUCAAAAUGACUUGUCCGACGUGCCAUACUGACAUUAAGACUACUACGAUAUCGGAUCAUCAACCGAGUGCUCACAUCUGUUGUAUCGUGCUUUGCUUAUUGGGAUGUUGUUUAUGCUCUUGUUUGCCUUACUGCAUGAGUGCCUUCAUGAGCGUCCAUCACUUUUGUCCUAAUUGCAAAAAUUAUAUUGGUACGUGGAAGGGCUGAUUGUUACUAUAAAAAGUGCAUCUAAAUGACACGCACUUUUUCUCAGCCUUCCAUGUAAUUAGGUACUGUGUUAUUCCAUGAAAACAGAAGAAAACCAAAAAAAAAAAAGAAAAAGAAAACAGAAAAAAUAUAACAAAACUAUGUAUUCGAUACUCUAUACUCGUCGCGUAUAAAAAGUAAUGGAAGAGUGGUUAAUAAGGGUACCUACAUAUAUUAUAGCAGGUUGUGCUGCAAAUAGUAUAUAUAUAUGUAUGUAUGUAUGUAUGUAUGUAUGUAUGUAUGUAUGUAUGUAUGUAUGUAUGUAUGUAUGUAUGUAGGUGUGUACGUAUCAUAUGUGUAUACAUGCAAGCUCUACGCUUAUUCUUUACGAAACAUUCGAAUGCAACCUAUAUGGAGUGAUAGUCACCUAGUUUAAAUUCUAUUCAAUUAGAAUUAGCCGUACGUAUGAGAGAGUAGAGCAAAUGGGACUGAGAAAGCGAUAAUAUAUUUAUAUCAUCGUUAGUAAGGAUGUAUAACAGUGUUAUUCUCGCUUACAUUUAUUACAUUCCAUAUACGAUAUAGUAAGACUCUUUCCCAAUAAGAUGAAAGAAUUUUAAGACAUCCUUUUUGAAAAGGAGAACACGUGUAUCUCCUUGAGGCAUUUUCGAUAUAGCGAGUAGUGAUCGAUGUAUGUAUAUAUAUAUAUACACAUACACACAUACGCAUA